CAAGAAGGAAUAUCAAAGCACAAUGUUUGGAUUAGGAGGAGCCCCACAAGUUACAUCACAACAAAAGUUGCAAGCGGCAGAAGCCGAAUUAGACAUGGUAACCGGCAUGUUCAACGCUUUGGUUAACCAAUGUCACAACAAGUGUAUUUCUAAGCAAUACAAUGAAAGCGACGUCACCAAACAAGAAGCUCUCUGUUUGGACAGAUGUGUUGCCAAGUACUUUGAAACCAACGUGCAAGUGGGUGAAAACAUGCAAAAGUUGGGUCAAUCCGGUGCUUUUAUGGGAAGAAAGUAGAAUUAGAAUUUUUCUGUAUAUAUACAAGCUAUAAAUAUAAAACGUUUAUACUCC